AUGAACAACGAAGAAAAGUUUUUUUAUAACAAUAUUCCAUCAUCAUCAUCAUCAUCAUCAUCAAGUUUACAACAAAUACAACCAACACGAAAAAAACGUAAACUCAAUGGACAACAACGUGAUGAAGCAACUAUACGUGAAAAACAUCGAAUGCUUAAACUAAAUAAAGCUUAUACUCAACUUCGUUUGGUCUUACCUGUUGAAAAUAAAAAUAAAUUAUCUCGUAUUGAAACUCUUCGUACAGCUGUUAACUACAUUCAUCUUCUUAAUCAACUACUCGAAGUUAACAACAGCUAG